AUUUGUUUGAGGAGGAACAGUGAGCGCGCGCUGCAGGCUAAAGAAAUGCUUUCGGUUUUGAAAUUUUUUCCAGUGUUUACAUUUAGGGUAUGCAAUAUGUAUUAAAACGAGUUACUGUAAGACAAGGCUUUCACUUUGCCGAAAACAAAUCGAAACGACUUGAUUGUUGAGAAGCACGAAACACGCGAACGGGAAUCAGCGAGUAUCGAAGUAAAUACAAGGGUCGAACAUCAAGAUCCAGAAGCGAUUCUCCACAUCGCAGGAUGCGACUGGCAGGACUGCGCUCUGACCAGUCAGGAAUUACUCAGGAACCCCAGUUCAUAUCCAAAAGGAGAGUGCCAUUUUAUCCAUCUCAGGUAUCCAGUUCUUUCCGAUGGGAAGGACGUGAUCAUUCUCAACAGCAGCUGGAGAAGAGCAGGUCUCCAGCUGUCUCACCUGUGCUCAGGGCCACUAGUGCAGAAAGACAGGUGACCCCUCUUGCCCCUAGAGACCCACCAGAGGGCACCACUGCCCCAUCUCAACCACCACAAGCAGAAGCAGCUCAGACAUCCACCUUCGCAGUACAAAAGCAGAAACAAGCACUAAAUGGAAUUAACCAUGCACUGCGGAUGAAAGCAGGCCUGAGGUCAGAGCAUCAGAGAAAUGGCUUGAACUCCGAAUACCAGAGACAGUUCAUGUGGAAAACACCUGUAGCCGAAUCGCCCCUGCUUGCUGCACAUCAGAUGUUAUACAGUAACAACAGAGCCAUCCCACCCUUCAAAACAAACCCAGUGAUUAUGGAGAGCGAGUACAAGAGAAGUUUCAAAGGAUCGCCUCUUCCCAGGCCACCACGCUUGAGGCGAGAUGUUGAACAGUAUGAGGUCCCAGAGUUUCUAACAGAGAGCAAAACCCCAGAGAAGAGUAAGAGAAAGAAGAAGAAGAAGGAGCGACCACACAGCAGGAAGUCAAGCCCAGAACAAGAAGUUGCCUAUCUACAGCAACAGGAAGUGAAAUCACCCCACAACCUGAAAGACCCUUCACCAAAGGUUAUGAGAAAAGGGAAAACUGAGUACAGAUCCAACUUUCAUUCACCCCUCCAGUACAGCUACAAAGAUGGAGCAUGGCUGAAGAUUAAAUCUGCAAAAGAGGAGGGGUGUGAUGGUUUUCACGAGUGGUAUCAUGAGGUAAAGGAGCUACGCGAGAGGGCGGAGGCCUACAAGAAAAGGGCUUGGGGAACUCAUUUUUCUCGGCAACACUUAAAUCAGAUUUUAUCAGAUCAAAACUGGAUGUGGGAGCCUUCCAGCGGCACCUCCUCAUCCUCCAUUGAAUCUGAGGCCUGCAGAAGCACAAGCCAUAUUAUUGAGGCUCUGGACCUGGCCAGGGCUGGCAGUGUCAGGGAAAGCUCUAGCCCUGGACAUUCUGCUUCUGUGGUGGUCAGCAGGAGGAGCUCUUCUGGGGAAGUGGGUCUUCCCGAAGAACCCACCCUGCCAGUGCAGAGAAAGCUGGCAUGGGAUGAAGAAGAGCAGCUUGGAGAGAGAGAAGAGAUUGUACAGGACAGGCUAACAGAUAAGGAAGGGAAAACAAGAAAUGAGAACGGGAUGGAGAGAAAUGAGAGGUUAAAUUCAUUGGAAAGUGAGUCAUUAUCAUCGGCAGAGGAGGGGUCUGAAGCUUCCGUUAAUGGGGGCAGAUUGCCAACCCCUAAACUCAAGACCAUGCAGACUGUACAAAGAACACAUCACGAUCGAACCACUCCAUCCAUUGGAGGAGCAUUGCUGAUCUCUCCUCCAAAGAUCAAAAAUUUCUCCGGGAAAGUUAGAAGGAGCGAACCACCUUUAGGAAAGCCUCACUCUCCUUACAAACAUAUCAUAGAUGGCUCUCCACAGCGAACACACAGAAAGGCUGCGAAUGGAAGCUUGCCUCGUUCCUCUCCAGUCGCUGGCCUGACUACUGUAGAUGUGCUGCCCAUGCGAGAAGAUGUCUGGUCUGAUGAAGAGGUGACAGAUUACAGAAGUUUAAAACCUCCCAAGCCAUCACGAAAACAACAGAGCAGUCAGCGUCACAAAGCCAAUGCUGCUCCACCUGCCAACAGAAUCCAGGGCACAAUGAGAAACGCGGAAUUUCAGCAUAAUGGUAACCUGGGAAUUUUUCGGCCGGAGCUGUUUGUGCUUCCUCAAUCUGAUUCUGCUUUGUCAGAUAAUGAUGACAAGAUGUCUCAGAUCUCCUCCAGAUCAGCAGCUUCAUGCUCCAUGGCGUCUGAGGUUUUGGGUCGCGCUCAGAGACGAAAACAGGAAUUUUGGGGAAAAAGCUAAUCUGUCAAAGCACACUUCAACUAUGCAAAAACUGAAAAAUGACGUUCUCAGGAUGCAAAAUUUUUUAAAGACGUAUUUGUUUUUGUGUGGUUUUUGUUUAUUUUAA